GGAUUAGUGUUAAAAAUGAACCCGAUGAUCCUGAGAUCAACGCAAUGGCUCUCAAAAUGAAAGAAAGCUAUAAAAAAAAUGCAAUAGGUGCAGCAGAAAAACAGGCUUCUUCUCUGGCUAAUGCACCAAUGAAAACGAAUAAUACACAAAAUAAUUAUCAAGAAAAAUUACCUACAGUUUGUGAAGAUAUAGAGAGUAUAAAAGGUAGAUUUUCUUGGAAAUUAAUUGAAGGAUAUGAGGUACCCUAUAUCAAACGAGUAAUUAAAGGUGAACAUUUAAAGUUUGUAUCAGUACGGAUGGCUGAAGCUAAGCUACUCAGCAACUAUUUACAUUAUUUAAAUUCAGAUAUUUAUACAUGCACAUCAGUAAGAAGUCAUUUUAUCACUGAUUCUGAAGCUAAGUUAUUAAAUACCAUCAAUCAAGAACAUGCUAACUGUUUAUACGGAAGAAAAAUGUUUUUUGCGAGAAAAGAUUGUAUUGUUCGUUUAGAAGAUGUUAUUGAAUUUCGAACAUUUAUAAAAUUAUGUUAUACAAACUUACAAAGGAAUAAUAGACCAGCUGGCAAUGAAAAAUGCGGUUUCAUACGUAUUGGUUCUGAUUUUGUUGUACCAUAUUGUAUUAAAGAUAGCCAAAAAUAUGUUCCACUAUUUUUUUUUGAGGGCAACACAGAAAACAUGGAACCAAGAGGUCUAAAAUUCGAAAAUUGGGACUUGGCUUAUCUUAAGUUCUGUUGUAAGGUUCAGGGUAUCAGAGAUGAGUUAUUUGCCAGUAACUCAUGCACAAUGAUCAAUCUUGAUGAAAUCAGGAGUUGUUAUCCACCAGAAACGAAUUUUGAAGAAUAUUGGCCCAGUAUGGCGACUGAUACACAACUCCUAACUAAUCAGUCUACCCAUGUCAAUCCAUCAGGUGUAUGGAUCAUUGCACCCUCUGAAGAACUAGUAUCAACUGGAAAUAAUAUUCCUCAAACAUCAACCGCACCAUCACCUGCAGUAGAACCACAUGUGGAUAUGAACAAUUAUCAAAACGGACGGACAGGAAACCAAGCGGUAUGCAUUAAGUAUUUAGUAUAUCAAAUGGCUUUUAUAAUUUUAGUUCUUUAAAAAAACUGUUGCUUGUAUCUUCAAACAAUGUCUCAAGGCACCAGUUUGAUAAACAGUGAGGGAUAUGUUGUGCCACCAAGCAAUCCAGUUCUAUACCUAUCUAAAAAUAGAAAAAUUAUUAUUUUUGCUUAUAGUUAUACUGCACCAUACUCCAACGUUGUUCCUAUUAGCCAAUGUGUGCCAAAUAUGUCCAAUCCAAUGACCAAUAACAAUUUAGUUAUGUCACAUUCAAGUCAAAUGCCACAAUUAAACGCUCAACAUACUAGUAUGAUUAGUCAAACCUAUCUACAACAGUUGCAGCAACAGCAGAUACAACAAAUAAUUACUACUCCUCAAACUCAGCAGUCAUAUUAUAGUCACCAACCUGUGCAUGGUCGUUUAAACAACACUCAACAACACAACGCAUUGAGAAAUGUUCGGUCCAUCUCAACUGCUCCUGUCACCGAUAUCAUUGACUUAUCGUCUUCACCGCCAAGCUCUGUUUCUCCAACUGAGCAAGCUUCUAGACGGGAAUUUUCGAGAAUACUUGAACAGCCGCAAAGACAUGACACAUCAAAUAAUGCUGCAUACAAGAUUCAAAAGGUUCAAAUGGUUCAUGGGAAAAUUGUACAUUGCAUAAACGCAAAACCUCACAUAUAUUCAGAUUGGUUGGUGAUAUUAGACGAUCUAGUAAAGACAAUGUUACCUUUCACCACUGUCGCGAGUUGCGGUCAUGCUUUAAACAGAUACUUAAAUACGACAAUAUCCUGUGGAAACUCGGAACAGUUGGCCGUGUUGCGGGAAAACGGACAUCUCAGUUCGGUGUACCAGAAUGGCACGCCGUUGGCUUCGCUGCAUGAUGUCAUGCGUGUUUUUGAGCAGUUAAAGACAUUGUUGCAUGAAAAUACACAAAAAUAUCAAUCUUGGGCUGAUCCGUCCAAGAGGCGACGCUACAGUUAAGAAUGGGCCGGGUACGACAGGAGCCGACCCGACUGGCCGAAGCCGUUGGCGGGUGCAGCAUCAGCAGCAGCAGCUGCAAUGGUGUUGCCAUUCCCACUCCAUCAGCCAUUCCCGCAGCCGCCAAUAGUUCGUACUCGCUGACAGCAACGAUUGGCCAAACUUCGGUGCCUCUGAUACAAAAUAGUAAUAUACGUAUUUAA